UACUGGUUUCUUGUACUGUCUAUGGUACUGGUUGGUGGGUGGAACGGUCUGUGGUGGAUAGUUACAACAUGUGGAAGUCGUAUUAAUCGACAAUACAAGACACUGCAUCAUAUUAAUUUAUCAAAAAUAACAACAGAGAUUUAAACUCUGAAUAAGUAACGUUACUGUACUUUGGAUUUGAAUGCAUCGAUGCAGGUUAGCUUAGUUGUUAAUUUAGCAUUGGCACGUUGUUUACCUUCGGAAACAUGGGCCGGAAUGGUAACGCUACUGUUUAGCAGGUCGACUUCAUAGACUGAGCGCCAGCGCAAGAGAUACAAAGGCAACUGUUGUAUUUGAGUUCAACUGCUGUGCUGAUUAUGGAUGAUUUGCAAAGAGAGCUGGUGCCUCUUGAAGACUUGGAUGAUGACGAUUCCUCGGAAGGCAACUCUUCAAAAGGAUCGAGAAAAUCAAAGCUCCCUCUGCUUAAUCUUAUGUGUGCCCAGACUCCAAAUGAAACUGGGUUUCACCAAAGUACCAGAGUCUGUCUGGAGCAGAUCAGAGAAGCCCUGCUGCAUCACAGAUGGCAAGAGGCAGCAGAAUAUAUGGCAUGUUACCCACAAAUGUUAGAAGACCCAACCAAUGGCACAGGUCAGCCGUAUAAAGAGCUUAUCUGGAGAAUCAGCACCGAGAUCCUUCACCAUCACCCCAACUCAAAGAUGGAGGACUACAACAACAUCUAUGAACGAAUGAAACACUCAGGAGUUAGACAUUACCUGAUGAUCUGUCUGGAACAUUCAUUCCACCUGCUGCUUAAUGGUCACAUCGAGGAUGCAAAGCGUCAGCUGUCUGUUGCUGAAAGUUGGAGGCAUGGGAAGGAGUCAGCAGCUCAGUAUCAGAGGAUAAAACUGAUCCAUGCCUACAGGAGUUUACUAGAUUAUAUCAUCUGGUGUGACAAAAAGUUCACACACUCCAACACUGAGUAUCCCAUCUCUGGUGACAACCAAGACAUGCACAACUACUUCAGACAGGCCUCUGUGAAUCUGAAGGAGAUUUUGAAAAGUCCUGGCAUCUGGGAUCCCUUCAUACUGAGUUACGUUGAGAUGCUGGAGUUCUAUGAGGACCACGAGGAGGCUUUGAGAGUCCUUAAUGAUUAUGCGUAUGACAGCACUUUCCCACCUAAUCCCAAUGCGCAUGUCUAUCUGUACCAGUACUUAAGGAGGCACGAUACUUCAGAGAGGAAACUGAUGAAAGUAUUGAAGAUCCUCCAUGUACUAGUCCCAAGCCAUGAGUUGAUGUUGGAGUAUAGCUCUCUUCUGCUUCAGUCAGAGAAAAGAAGUAACAUCCAGAAAGCUUUAGGAGUCGUUUUGGAAAUGCUGGACUUUGCCUGCUGGAGGAGCAACCUGGACGCGUGGAAGCGUCUGAAGUCCAUUAUUCAAAAACUACAGUUAGAAGACAACUGGAAGGAUGUUGUCUCUGGACAAAUGGCUGCAAGAAAAGACUGGUGGCCUGCGCUGCACUUCACAAGCUUCCACGCCAGUAAAGACUCCGAGGAGAACCCAGAGCUCAUGGAAGUGAAGGCACCACUGACAAAAAUCCUUUGCCCGGACCUAAUGCUCAAGUACACAGCCUCACAGGUAACCAGCGGAGAGUGAACUGGAGGGAAGAACUCAAAGAGAAAAUUGAAAUUGUGUCUUCGCGAUUCACAAUCAAGAACAAAGCUGAGAUGCUGUUGGGGUAAACAACUAAAAAACCCCGGCAAAGGUGUCCUGAUGAAGAGGAGAUUGUUUUUUUUUUAACAUGAAGUUAUUUAGACAUUUCUUUUGUGUGAAUUUAUUUAUUUACAUUUUUUUAAAGGUUCACUGACAAAAAUUAACCUCCAUACCACCCACCUAAGAUUGUUAAAAUAGGGCCCGUUUGUUAGUUAAUUGUGCCUUCAGUUUUUUUUCUCACCAUUUUCAAAGCACAGACUACAUUGCCCACUAUGUGGAGCUCUUGUUCUGUGUUUCUGCAGUGAGUAUCUGGAGGGUAUGAACAUCUCAUUUUGGCAGAGUGUAUCUCUGAAUGUUCAUGUUGGUUUCUGUACACAUUUUUAAUGGAAGGGGAGUCUCAUUCCGACCUGAGCUGACCUAUGACCGCUGUACAGUACAGAAGGGCUUUAAGGUCACAAGUGUGUGUGCACCACAAACAGCCUGAGGGAUUUUCUCUGUCAAGUCUAUCAAGUCAAUUGUCAUGUGGGAACAGAGCUUUCAGUAACAACACAGCAUACAGUUUUGAUGACAGGAUCCCGGCCUUCAAGUGCUGAGCUUACGCUCCUUUAGACUGGACCAUGAAAUAAAGUCUUGAAUUCAGCAGCAGGCCAAUUUAAUAAGCCAAAGUGUUUGUAAUGAUUCUGUUUCGGCUUGCCACAGUGUUGGCCAUGCAGCAACUCAGUGAGCCGUACUGCGUGUGUAUGUGUGUGUUGCUUUGCAGUCAUUACAUAAACCAAAGCCCAAAGCACUUGCCAGACCACAGGAGCAGCUGCAGAAGGAAUCUGGGAAUACAUAACACAUGUUGUUUCAAAACUCAUAGAGCAGUAAAGAGGAUGGAGGUUGGAGCUGGUCACUGCUUUGGAUUGUGUCCUGGUUGUGACCUUUUAAAAGAUUUUUUACCCCCGGGGCCUUGAAUUUUUUAAUCAUCUACACAGAUGCUCACAGUUGAGGCAAUCAUUGCACUGUUCUCUGUCAUGGAGCAGCUCGGUUGGGGGUUUAGUUUUUUCCUCAAGGGUACCUUGACAGUUUGGAGCAAAAUGUUUCUACAGAGAAUCAAAGUGGAGACUAUCUUGUCUCUGGGACUACUGUAUUCUUACCCACUCAAAGGUUCCUACACACAACAGCUUCUGCAAGGAGCAAUUGUAGCUCGCUGUUCCUCAGCAUCUCACCUCUUCCAUCACUAGACGUUUGAAUUACGUGAUUCUUGUCAGCUUUUCCCACUCAAAUCUGUCAAAAUGGAGCUGUUUUGUCUCCCUGGAAACUGGAGAACAGUCUGACCUCAGGUAGAUGUAAUCAGCCUAUUAGGGAUCACUGAGCUUAAUAAGCAACAAAAAGUGUCCCUAUUGCAACCAUCAGCUUAUUAUUGCAUCCUGAGGCAGCAGCAGGAGUCUGGGGCAGGGUGACCUGCAUGGCUGCUAACUAGUCUGCAGCUUGUACUUAGUUAAGACAUUGAGGUCAUAGAGAGCAAUAUGGAUCAAAUCCUCAAUGUAUGUCAUUUUAUGUUGUGAUAUAUCGAUACAAAUCAAGAUACAUUUUCUGAAAAAAUCAAUAAAGAAUUUAGUUUUUGGAGAAAAAAAACAGACAGGAAGGUCUGUUUUUAAUUUGUACCUGAAGAAUCAAGCCACUUAAUUACAUUUAUUUUUGACGUAACCUUUAUUUAUCCUGUUCACACUUGUUUUUCCUGUAACAGUUUGGGAGAACAAUGGCAGGUGGGCUCAUCUGACAACUCUAACAGGCCCUUUUAUAACUCCUCUAGCUUAGGGAGAAAUUUACUGAUGUCUUCAGCCUAACCCCACUGUAAAUGGACAGGCAUAAUAAUCGUGUAAUUAAUAACCAGGUUGCAGGCUGAAUCUAUUUUCUGCAGAGAAAAAACCCUACUCAAAUCGUGUUGUGAGAGAUGUUUUAAUUUUAUGCCUGGCGUAGAGAGGUCCCUGGAUGUUACUUUGUUGUGUGAGGCUGACAUUAAUUGAGUUUUUCCUUCUCUUACAGUCUUACUCACUCCUAUACUAACACACACACACAAGUUGGUGACUCAGGGUCUCGCUUGGUUGGUCUGCUGGGCUGUGAGGAUUUGUGACCUAAAAUCCAGACUUGCACAGUGACAAUGUAACAUCUUAGUAACACUGCAAGACAUUUAAAGUCUGGUAUGGUUUGCGAGUGGAGGGAAGAGAGGACGCCAUGCACUUUGGACUUAACAUACUGAUGUGUUUUGCCAGUGCUGCACUCUACAAGCAGGACAGAGAUAAAACA